AUGGAAUCUACAACUCUUUACGAGCUAGACAAGCCCGUCCAGCAGAUGAGGGGCACUUGGCAAUGCUGGUGGCUGGCACUGCUCGAAGUAGCCCGAGUCAGCGGCAAGCUCGAGCCGAUUUUCAAGGAGCAAGGCAUGCUUGGCAAGUUCUACGACAAACGCCGAGCUGAGAUUUCUGCUAAACGGACUGGUGGCAAGGAGGUCCCUGACGAGGGCGAGCUACCAGAAGGUCUUAUCGAGAAACACAGUGACUUGAAAUCGUUCUUGCAGAUCAAAACCAAGACUGGCCCGGUGCUGAACUCUGAGAAAACGAAGUUCUUCGUCUAUGGCCCGGAGUGGCAACGAAUGGUCAUGUUCUUUCUGCUUGAAACAUCCGACAAAGCGCCUUGGAACAUGCCUGCGGGUACAGUCAACACCUCUGAUCGUGCCAAGGUACUCGCUCUUCUCCUCCAACGUCUGGGAGUGAAAGGCAUCUCCUUCGGCAAGGAACACAAUGUCACUGGGUUCGAGUUGAGCAAUCGAGUUGACGACCUUGACCAUCAUCAGUACUGGAUCUUGGACAAGGCCAAUUCCGACAAAUCGAUCAGGACAGGGCACUGCAUGGCCGGCAUCGUGGAACGUGUGCCACCACCUGAGCCUGAACACGAGGAAGAGAUGCCGAAACAGCUAGAACCAUUGCAAACGACCAAGUCACAGCCAGCAAAGCCCACAAAGCUAGAACCCAUUGACAAAAAGAAGUUAACGGUGACUCAAACCAAAACGCUAGUGGUGACGAAGAAGCAGCUACCCGAGCCGAAGAAGAGUAGGCAGUCGUCUUCCGACCUGAACGAUUCCUUGAGGCUGAAGAGCGCGGAGGUCGAUCAGCGCGACAUGCGAUGGAGCAGUACGUCGAGCUGGUCUUCGGAUACGGGCGAUUGCAGUGUGCAGCUAUUUCGUUAUUUUGAUUUUGAGCUCAUCAAUCCGUUGAACCCAAUACGUCAGACGAAGAGCUACGGACUCGGAUCGAAGAAGGAAUGA